GGGACCGGAGGAGGGAUUGCGUAUAACAGAGAUGAAUUUGAGGCCAUAUGUAAAUCAGGGAUUGCUGCUAGUGUGACAUCUCAGGUCUUAGUUGAGAAGUCUUUGUUGGGGUGGAAGGAAUAUGAACUUGAAGUAAUGAGGGAUUUGGCUGAUAAUGUGGUUAUUAUUUGUUCUAUUGAGAACAUUGACCCGAUGGGCGUGCAUACAGGGGAUUCUAUCACUGUGGCCCCUGCUCAGACAUUGACUGAUAAAGAGUAUCAACGCCUUCGGGAUUACUCAAUUGCUAUAAUCAGGGAGAUUGGGGUUGAGUGUGGUGGUUCAAAUGUACAGUUUGCGGUUAAUCCUGAAGACGGAGAAGUAAUGGUGAUUGAAAUGAACCCCAGGGUUUCUAGAUCUUCGGCUUUAGCCUCAAAAGCUACUGGUUUCCCUAUUGCCAAAAUGGCUGCUAAGCUCUCUGUUGGGUACUCACUGGAUAUGAUUCCUAAUGAUAUCACGAAGAAGACACCAGCUAGCUUUGAACCUUCCAUAGAUUAUGUUGUCACAAAGAUACCCAGGUUUGCUUUUGAGAAAUUUCCUGGAUCAGAACCAAUUCUGACAACUCAAAUGAAGUCUGUCGGUGAAUCCAUGGCUAUAGGCAGAACAUUCCAAGAGUCAUUUCAAAAAGCACUCCGGUCUUUAGAAUCUGGUUAUUCUGGGUGGGGUUGUGCAACUGUUAAAGAGCUGAGCUGGGACUGGGAAAAAUUAAAGUACAGCCUUAGAGUCCCUAACCCUGAUCGCAUUCACGCCAUAUAUGCUGCCAUGAAAAGGGGGAUGAAGGUUAACAACAUUCAUGAGGUCAGUUACAUCGAUAAGUGGUUCCUUGCACAACUUAAGGAACUUGUUGAUAUUGAGCAAUACCUUUUGGUUCACGAUUUGUCGACAUUGACAAAGGAAGAUUUGUAUGAGGUGAAAAAAAGGGGUUUUAGUGACAAACAGAUAGCCUUCGCAUUGAAAUCCACAGAGAAAGAAGUCCGUAUGAAGCGCCUGUCAUUUGGCAUCAAACCCGCGUAUAAGAGGGUUGAUACAUGUGCUGCAGAAUUUGAAGCUGAUACACCUUAUAUGUACUCAACUUAUGACUUCGAGUGUGAAUCGGGUCCCACAGAGAGGAAGAAGGUUUUGAUUUUGGGCGGCGGACCGAACCGGAUUGGACAGGGAAUUGAGUUUGAUUACUGCUGCUGCCACACCUCUUUUGCUCUUCAGGAUGCUGGCUAUGAAACAAUAAUGAUGAACUCAAACCCUGAGACAGUUUCUACGGAUUAUGACACAAGUGAUCGUCUCUACUUUGAACCUCUCACAGUUGAAGAUGUCCUCAAUGUAAUUGAUCUGGAAAGACCCGAUGGCAUCAUUGUACAGUUUGGCGGUCAGACCCCACUGAAACUGUCCCUUCCAAUUGAGCAAUACUUGGGUGAAACCAAACUCGAGUCCAGAAGUGGAGCUGGCUAUGUUCGUAUAUGGGGCACCUCACCUGAUUCCAUAGAUGCCGCUGAGGAUCGGGAGAGGUUCAACAUCAUCUUAAAUGAAUUAAUGAUUGAGCAGCCAAAAGGUGGCAUUGCCAAGAGCGAAAAAGAUGCUCUUUCCAUCGCAGAAGAUAUUGAAUAUCCAGUUGUCGUGCGACCUUCCUAUGUCUUGGGUGGUCGGGCCAUGGAGAUUGUCUACAACAAUGACAAGCUUGUGAAGUACCUCCAAAAUGCAGUCGAGGUAGAUCCAAAUCGACCGGUUUUGAUUGACAAGUAUUUGUCUGAUGCCGUAGAGAUUGAUGUUGAUGCUCUUGCUGACUCACACGGUAACGUGGUGAUCGGUGGGAUCAUGGAGCAUAUCGAGCAGGCCGGGAUCCACUCGGGUGACUCAGCUUGCAUGCUUCCUACCCAAACCGUCUCAUCAUCAUGCCUCGACACGAUCCGGUCGUGGACCACGAAAUUAGCAAAGAGGCUAAAAGUGGUUGGGCUGAUGAACUGUCAAUAUGCCAUCACGGCUUCGGGUGAUGUUUUCUUGCUCGAGGCCAAUCCGCGGGCAUCGCGUACUGUCCCCUUCGUGUCCAAGUCGAUCGGGCACCCGUUGGCCAAAUACGCGUCGCUUGUGAUGUCUGGAAAAUCCCUCCAUGACAUAAACUUCACCGAAGAGGUCAUCCCGAGGCACGUGUCGGUCAAGGAGGCAGUCCUCCCGUUUGAGAAGUUUCAAGGGUGUGACGUGCUGCUGGGCCCCGAGAUGCGGAGCACGGGUGAGGUGAUGGGUAUACACUCCGAGCCAUCAAUUGCUUUUGCCAAGGCCCAGAUAGCAGCGGGCCAGAAGCUGCCACUGUCAGGGACUCUUUUCCUCAGCUUGAAUGACUUGACAAAGCCGCACCUUGUCACCAUAGCUCGUGCUUUCCUGGAGGUCGGGUUCAAGUUGGUCGCGACUUGUGGGACCGCACACGUGCUCGAGUUGGAAGGGGUUCCGGUGGAGAGAGUGCUGAAGAUGCAUGAGGGUAGGCCUCAUGCAGGCGACUUGAUUGCCAAUGGGCAGAUUCAGUUGAGUGUGAUCACUAGCUCGGGGGACACACUGGACCAGAUUGAUGGGCGAAGGCUGAGGAGGAUGGCACUUGGGUAUAAGAUUCCAGUGAUCACAACGGUUGCUGGGGCCUUGGCUUCCGCCCAGGCAAUUAAGAGCUUGAAAUCCAACAAGAUUGAGAUGUCUGCUCUUCAGGACUACUUCCACACUCCUCAGGAGGAUUCAGAGAGUAGCGAUAAUCUGUUGCAGUCUUCAGCAGUGUCCAUUUCUUCAAGCCGCUGAUCAGACUAUGAUUACUGUUAUUGUGAUUAAAUAAAGUCCAAUUCAUCUUUAUUUAUUUGAUGUUUUUGAUAUCUCUCAGCACUCCAUUUCAUGCCGCACUAUUAUGGUUUCAUUGGUUUGGUAAUAAUUGAUGCAUUUUCCUAUGCUCCCAACUAACCUAUUGCUUCUAUCUUUAUUUUUUGUAGACUAAUCACUAAUGGUUCAUAACUGUAAAUUAAUUAAAGGAUUAGCAUUGCUGUAUCUACUGUUCGAGGGUGGCAACAUUCUAUCAUGGCUCCAACUCUCCCAUUCUAAAACCAGGCCAAGCCCAGUGAGACUGUGAGUAACUGGAUAAUUGGAUAUAGCGUGAAAGACAAGUAGACAACGUUAUAACCUUGUAACCCUGUGAUGUAAAAGUCAGCGGUUCACAGGAUAGUGUAAAAAGAUGACAAGAACUCACUUAAUGUUGCAAUACUCAUAGAUUCAAGCAACUCUUGAAUUAGAACCAAGUCAUCCAGCAUCUGAUAUCUUUUAUAGCUAUAUGCAUUUUAUUGUAAUUCUAAAAAAGCUCAUCACAAAGGUGAUGUUCUAGACUUCCAGACCCAAAUUUGGAACACCAUAAGAUGUUUCUUUUCAUGGAAAAUAGGGGUGUUUUCAAUCUUUGAAGUAAAGAAUAGUAAAAAUGUAGACUUUGGGUGUUUGAGAUAUUAAACUUAUGCUACCCAUCACAAAAGACACCAAG